AUUUGACAUUGUAUCAGAUUUCGUGAGAUGUUUCCGGUAACGAAAGGUUUAAUCAGAAACUUGUCCUGGUUCCAACUUCGUCUUCCUCCUCUCGUAGCAGCAGCAACAAUGGCUCCUUCAAGCGUCGUUAGGGUUUACUCUACCGCUACCUCUCCUUCUCCUUCAGAGCUUUCUGUCAAGAAAGUUGGUACUCAUAAUGGAAGCUUUCACUGCGACGAAGCUCUCGGCUGCUUCAUGAUUCGCCUCGUCGAUAAAUUCUCCGGCGCUGAUAUCGUCCGUUCUCGUGACCCGAAGAUAUUGGCAGAACUUGAUGCAGUGCUUGAUGUUGGAGGUGUUUAUGAUCCGGAGCAUGACCGUUAUGAUCAUCACCAGAAAGGUUUUGAAGAAGUGUUUGGACAUGGCUUCAACACUAAGCUCAGUAGUGCUGGUCUUGUUUACAAGCAUUUUGGUAAGGAGAUCAUAGCUAAGGAGCUUAAUGUUGAUCAAGACCACCCUGAUGUUCUUCGGUUGUUUUUAGCUGUCUACAAGAGCUUCAUGGAGGCAAUUGAUGCUGUGGACAAUGGAAUAAAUCGGUAUGAUACAGAUCAGCCUCCACGAUAUGUGAACAACACACAUCUCUCCCCAAGGGUUGGAAGAUUAAAUCUGGAUUGGAUUGACCCUGACCAGUCACAAGAGAAGGAGAAUGAAGCUUUCCAGCGUGCAAUGGCUCUAGCUGGAAAAGAGUUCCUCGAAAGUGUCCAGUUUCAUGCAAGAUCAUGGUUACCGGCUCGAUCAAUUGUGAUUCAGUGCCUUGAAGAAAGAUUCAAGACAGACCCCAGUGGUGAGAUCAUGAUAUUGAAUAAAUUCUGCCCUUGGAAGCUUCAUUUGUUCGAGCUUGAACAAGAAAUGAAGAUUGAGCCUCUCAUCAAAUACGUCAUCUACCAGGAUGAGCGAGCAAAGCAGUGGAGAGUUCAAGCAGUGGCGGUCGCACCAGACAGGUUUGAGAACCGAAAGCCUCUCCCUGAGAAAUGGAGAGGCCUUAGGGAUGAAGAACUCUCUAAAGCUGCUGAGAUUCCCGGUUGUGUCUUCGUCCACAUGAGUGGCUUUAUCGGGGGAAACCAAUCCUACGACGGCGCUUUAUCCAUGGCUCGAACCGCCCUCACUCUCUGACUCAGCACCACAUAAUCAUUUUGCCCAUUAACCCCAUUGAGAGAGGGAGAGAGAGAGGAUUUUGUUCUACAAUUUCUGUUUUCAUUGAGUGAGCUGAGAAACCCAUUGAAUGAUUUUUUCUUUGAAUGGAAUCAUAUUUUCAAAAAUCAAAACCUAUGUGAUUCAUUUU